AUAAAUGGAACAUAUGUCCAUACAUACUUAUAGUCCUAUAACUAAAGGGUGCAUCAUCAGUUUAAAACAUAUAUUGGUUAUAUUUUAUAAAUUGGUGGUGAUAGCCAAUUGUAUGGUCGAAAAUGCUUAAUCAACUUAGAGAUUUCCACUCUAUUGACCAAAUCGUGUAUGUAGAUAUCGUUAUGAUCCAAGAUUUUAAUGUGAUAUGUGAGAAACGUCGGAAACAUGGAAUUCUUGGAAAAUAGGAAAUACCUAAGUAUUCCCGAAGUGCGACCACCUUCGUAGUACGUACAAUCCUUGAGUUCCGUAUCGUAUCUGUAUCUUGUAGUAACAGCACCGCUGAAUCUGAAUCGCUGACCUGGAAAGCUUUAAGCUGCAGAGCGGAAGAAAGCUUCGGCAGACUGGCUGGCAGCAACAAGUGGCAUAUCUCACUCCGCUCAGUUGGAAAUCGAAUCUCGCACCGCACGAAUCGAAUCUGCGGAAUCCGGGUCCGCGACUUGAACGCGGAUUUUGAUUUGUCGCCGUUGUCGUUGUCGUGGCUCUUUAAUUCAAUUGACGAUUCCGAGCUGCGGCUGGUGUGUGCUGUUUCACUUUCAACCCAGUGUCACACCUGUGCGAUUUUUUGGGCAACCGAAAAUUUGACAACGACCGCCUGUGAAUACACAAGGAAAUGUUGCUUAAAUGAAAGUUAGUUGGAGAAGAGAGCUCCAGCAGUCGGGUCUUCGGAUUUCUUCAGAUAGGGCCGCGGAUACAAAGUCUACAUGUGUCACAACAGCAACAUCGGCAAAUAAUUUAAAUGCUGCGCGGCGGCAAUUGAAGAGGCAACAAUUAACCAAGACCACUGCAACUUAGAGGAAUAGUGGAAAAUCACUUGUAUAUAUAAAGGCGUAUAUAUAUAGAUAUAUAGCUCCUGCAACAAAAUGAAGAAUCGCCAGCGUCCGCGCCGAAUAUCGCUAAAUGAAAACCACAACAAAUACUUGGGAAGCGGCAGCGGCAGCGGCAACAGCAUCGAUGUACAAAUAUUUACCAAUACAAAAGAACCCAAUCAAGUCAAUUUAAAUUCAUCGUCAAAGCUGCUGGCAACCACAGUAACGACGACCUCAGCGGAGGCUGCUCUUCCCGCUUCGCUUCCAGUUGCUCAGAUAGCACAGCAGCAACAUCUACAGCAGCAACAUCUACAGCGACAACAUCUACAGCAGCAACAACAGCAGCUGAUUAUGCCGCCCACAAUGAUGAUGGGCAAAUAUUUUCCAUCGCACGCAAAACUGAGAAAAUGCAAAUCGACACCGAGUCUCUAUUUCGAUGGGUUGGAGCCCAUGGAGCCCAUGGAGGAGGACCCCCACUGUCAUCGCAUUUCCCCAUUUCCACGGAACACCGCCUCGGAGGCUAAGCAAACGCAGCAACAUGAACAAUUAUCACGCAUCACCAGCAACGAAGGCAGCUGCAACAGCAACAGCAACAUCAGCAACAGCAACAAGUGCAGCAGCAAUGCGACACCAACAACACCGGAGUCAUUGCGCUUUGGAUGCGCUCACUAUAAGCGACGGGCCAUGUUUGUGACCCCCUGCUGCAACAAGUUCUACAAGUGCCGAUUUUGCCAUGACGAGAACGAAACGCACCACUUUGAUCGCAAAACCCUUACCGAAUUGAUAUGUUCCGAGUGCAAUACGAGGCAAACGGUUCGGGAACAGUGCGAGAAUUGCGGAGUGCGAUUUGGGAAGUACACCUGUCUGAUCUGCAACCUCUUCGACGAUGCGGAUAAGCAGCAGUACCAUUGUCAUGGAUGUGGAAUCUGUAGGAUUGGAGGAGCCGAAAACUUCUUUCACUGCGAGGUCUGCAAUAUGUGUCUGCCUAUUCAACUAAAGAUCGAUGGCCACAGGUGCGUGGAGAACAUCUCGCGAUCCCACUGCCCGGUUUGUCUGGGCGACAUCCACACCUCGCGCAUUCCCUGCCAUAUUCCCGACUGCGGCCACCUGCUGCACAAGAUGUGCUUCGACCAGCUGCUGGCCUCCGGCCACUACACCUGUCCCACCUGCCAGACCUCGCUGAUCGACAUGACGGCGCUGUGGGAGUACCUGGACGACCAGGCGGAGCGCAUGCCGGUGCCCCUCAAGUACGAGAAUCAGCGAGUGCACAUAUUCUGCAACGAUUGUCACAAGACUUCCAAAACCAAAUUCCAUUUCAUCGGACUCAAGUGCGUGCAUUGCGGCGCCUACAAUACCACGCAGGAUGUAAAGAGGCGCCUGUCCCUGGUCACCGAUGAGCCAUCCUCUGCGUGAUGUCCACCGAUUCACACCAUAUUAGCAUCAGCAUCAGCAUCCACAUUCGCAUCAGCAACAGGAAAUCUCUUGCCAUGCCACCCACAUUUGAAGAAACUAUUUUGUUAACUAAACACAACACAACUGAAAUCGAAACGCAUUGAAUUUAGACCAAAUUCGAGCUGGUAUCGAAUAUAAACCAUACAAAAACAAACAAAAGGCUCACUAAAUUUGGGUGUGAACUCGAAAACACCUGGAGAUUUGAAAACAUUAAUUAGGUUAAUGGAAAUAGUUAGUUUCAAUAUUGUGAUAGGCCUAUAACAUGAAUUCCAUUCUUAUUGUGUUUUUAAAUCUCUAGGAAAUUCUAAAACCCCAAUAUCAUAUACACUUUAUACAUUGGUAAAAACUAAAUUUCACUCGAAUUUUUAAGUAUUCCAUUUGCAAAAAUCGUUUUGUGUAAAUCUCGAAUUUCUCUGUGCAAACUUAAUUUAAGAAAGAACCUUUUUAAACUCUUGAAAUUCCGUUACCAUAAAUUCCUAAUAAAAAGAGAA